CCCUCCUCCCCAGUGGUGUGCCAUGCUACAGGCUUCUACCCUGACAGGGUGGUGGUGUUCUGGAGGAGAGACGGCCAGGAGCUCCAUGAGCAGGUGGACCCCGGGGAGGUCCUCCCCAACCACGACGGGACCUUCCAGGUCAGCGUGGACCUCAACCUCACGGCCGUCCCACAGGAGGACUGGGGAAGGUACGAGUGUGUGGUCCAGCUGAAAGGCAUCGAGGACAUCUCCACCCCCCUGGACCCCGCCCUCAUCAGGACCAACUGGGUGUACAAGAGUGGCAUCACCAUUCCAAUCAUCAUUGGGUUCGUUGUUCUCCUCCUCACUGCUGCUGCUGCUGCUGUUGGAGUCUUUGUGUACCAGAAGAGGAACGGUUCUGACAGCAGCUCUGAGAACACUGAGGGGCAGAAUCCGGCUCCUGAGGCCCAACCUCUGACCACAGUGUGCCGCCUCACCAGCCCCAGACUCCAGUCAGACGCGGCCAGGUGAGGCUGCCUGGACCAGCCGUCCUCCACACACACGCCCACGUUGACCCGCACCACCAACGGGAGGCUGGGGAGCAUCCCCGGCCUCACGAAG